AUGGAUGCAUUCACAGAAUCGCCGGGGCAAUAUCGACCAUUAUCCCGCAAAUAUGAUACGAUUGACAAAAAAUACAAAUUUUUUAAAUCGAGUAGCGCUGCCUGUUUGCAGAUGCACUAUCCAUUAGUGAAGAAUGACAUAGGGACGCAUGUCUCUCCAGUAUCUUCAUUAUCCGGGCCUUAUGCGGGUGAUUUGCAUUACCAGACUUUAAAAGGAAAAAAAGGAGAUGAUCGUCAAGAAUUUGGUAACGAGCAGGAAGUACUCACCACAAUAAAUGAUUUGCCGGAUGAUAUAUUACUGAUGAUAUUUGGAUACUGUCAUCCAAUCCAUCUGGUUAAUUGUUUCUCUUUGGUGUCUCACCGUUGGAAUAAUUUAGCAAAUCAUUCUACUCUCUUGAGUGAAGUUCGGGUUUUGGUCACUAAUUAUUCGUUGGAGUACGAAAGUGUAAAAAAUUUUUUUUCUAAGAAUUCGAAUCACCUUCACAAACUGUGUAUCGAGUGUACGGUAAUAUUACCAUCUGCCCGAGUUGACGAAUUAUUCGAUACUUACAUGCCCAACGUCACUCACCUCGAUAUCAGUUCAUUUGAUGAAAUGAACGCAUCAUUGCUGAAAAAAUUAUCCAAAUGUUUUCCUAAUCUUGAUACAUUGCAUAUGGAAGGAGUCAAAAGAUGUUUUUCUCGUAUUCAGUGUUCAGAGGACUGGAGUCAAAUGUUGAAGCUGUUAUUUGAAGAUGAGAACACUUUCCCGAAAAUGGAGAAUUUUUUUGUUGGUGAUAUGAAUGAGUAUUGCGACGGAGCCGACAUUAAACUAUUGGCUUGGAAACGACCAUUGAAAGUUUUGCACAUUGAAAAUGGAGCGGCCAGAGUUAACUUCUACGGGAUCAGAACUUCUCCAUGGCGAUUAACACUUACCGAACUCUAUCUUGGGUAUUUCAUCACGAAUCAUGAUUUUCGCUAUAUUGGUCUUUUACAUAAUUUGAAACUUUUAUCUUUGGAUAUGUGUCUUUAUACCGAUGAUGAGGAAAUUUUGCACUUGAAGAAUUUAUGCAAUCUGGAGGAAUUUCGUUUGGCGUGUGGUGAUCAAUACUGCAAUCUUACUACAGGAGGAAUGGUUGACUUAUUUACGUUACCGGAUAAAGAACCGGAAAAGUGGUUUCCGUAUAAACUUAGGAAUCUAGCCCUCACUGAAUUCCAGAUGUGCAAUGCGGAACUUGUGAGUGUCAUUGCUCAAAAUUGUCCAAAACUGCGAACACUCAAUUUGCAACGCAAUGAGUAUAUGGGUAGCGAUAUUAUUCAGUUCGUUAUCAAAAAUUUCAAUCAUUUGGUCUUGCUAGAUUUGAGCAAAAUCGGUGAGUCCUAUGAAGAUGAAGUCUGGGACAAUCUCUGUGAUAAGAGUCUACCGAAUUUACGUUUCUUGAGACUUCAUGACAAUGAGGCAGAUGUUAAAGUAUUACAGCGUCUGAACUUGAGACGUCCCAGAUUGAUAAUUACAGUUAAGAUGAAUCACUUCAUUAACUGGACCGAAACAGAAAGUGGUUGCGUUUUCCAUGACACAUUCGAUGGCGACAUCAACGCAAUCAUGAACGAUUUAUCUGAAAUAGAUGGGUUUGGUUGCUGUGGCACAAUAAUCCAUUUUCCGUCGUCAUUCAUUCCUAUUUGA